CCGGUCCCUUUUCGGAACUCCGGCCAGAACAGGAAGCCCCAGGUUUUGCAUCAAAACGCAGCGGUUUAAGAAGAAAUCCUCUCAGACUUUUGUACCAGAGAGAACUGAACACACAGAGGGAGGAGAGAGAGAGAGAGAGAGAGAGGAGAGAAGCAUGGGGGUCGAUUACUACAAGGUUCUGCAGGUAGAACGAAGCGCCAAAGACGAUGACUUGAAGAAAGCUUAUCGGAAGCUCGCCAUGAAGUGGCACCCAGAUAAAAACCCUAACAACAAGAAGGCCGCUGAGGCCAAAUUCAAGCAAAUCUCGGAAGCCUACGAUGUUUUGAGUGAUCCCCAAAAGAGAGCAGUAUACGAUCAGUACGGGGAGGAGGGGUUGAAAGGAGGGGUGCCGCCGCCCGAUUCGUCAUGGUCUGGCGUGCAAGGGCAGGAUGGCGGUCCGACGACGUUCCGGUUCAACACUCGGAGCCCUGACGAUAUUUUCUCUGAAAUUUUCGGGUUUUCGAGUUUUGGAGGGAUGCCGGACAUGGGCGGGUCAAGGGCAGGCGGGUCGAGGGCUGGCGGGAACCCGUUUCCGAGGAGUAUGUUUGGGGAAGACAUAUUUGCUCAGUUUAGAGGCGGAGCAGAGCCUUCUGCAGCUGCGCUGAGGAAAGCUGCACCGAUAGAGAGGACAUUGCCUUGUACUUUGGAGGAUUUGUUUAAGGGCACCACCAAAAAGAUGAAGAUUUCUAGGGAUGUUCCUGAUGCUAGUGGGAGAACUACCACGGUGGAGGAAAUUCUAACAAUUGAGAUCAAGCCAGGGUGGAAAAAGGGCACAAAAAUCACUUUCCCAGAGAAAGGGAAUGAGCAGAGAGGGAUCAUACCAGCAGACCUUGUAUUUAUCAUUGAUGAGAAGCCUCACACCCUUUUCAAGAGGGAUGGGAACGAUCUUACAAUCACUCAGAAGAUAUCUCUUGCAGAAGCUUUGACAGGUUACACGGCACAGCUGACAACCCUCGAUGGGAGAAAUUUUACAGUCCCCAUCACCAAUAUCAUCAGUCCCACCUAUGAAGAAGUGGUUAAAGGGGAGGGGAUGCCUAUUCCCAAGGAGCCAUCCAAAAGGGGAAACUUGAGAAUCAAGUUCAACAUCAAGUUCCCUACGAAGCUUACCUCGGACCAAAAAUCCAACAUCAAACGGUUAUUAACAUCUUAGUGAAGGCCAAUGGUAGCCUCUCCCGUCCAUCCCACUGAACUUGUGAAAGCUUUGCACUCGUUUGCUUUCUUAGCUUUUUUAUCGGGUUUGGAAAUUCAUGCCUCGUCGAAUGAGGGUUUGAUGUUUGAUCACAACAUUUGAGUAGGAGGUUAUGUUGAUUUCCACAUUCCUCUUGUUUUUUGUUCAAUCUUUUUCUUUACUAUGUAGAAAUGCUGGAUAGACUUAAAUUUUCACACUUGAAAUUUGUAAUCUAUUUGUUGACGGCUUUAUGUAUUUCCCCAUAAUUUUCAGUGGAUUUUAAAGGUUGUCGGGAA